CUAGGGCCUGCUCCUCCACUUCAUCCUUUAGUGCUUUCAACCUCAACCGUGCGCACAUAUCAUCUCAAUCGAUCUAAGGAAGAAGAAGCAAGACGUGCAACAGAGGCAGCUGAAGCCAGCUGCAAUAGAAACAUAUCGAUUUCUCUGUGGCUGACCGCUGACAGCGAACCGAUUCCCUUCUUGUUCGCACCCAAAUCAUUGAAGCAAUACACCAUAUCAGAAUGUGAAGCAAUGAUGAUAUUUUUACAAGCACACAAUCCCCACUGGAACAAGUUGCUGUGAGUAUACGACGUGAAGGCGGACAGAUGGAACAUCACGUUGGUUGGAACUUCCAUCCCAAUGACGACCCCCCUCCGGGAGGCUCUGGUAUGCUUGACGAAUGUCGAACCCAAGUUGUGCCAUGGAAUGGCAGAACUACAAGUAUGCCUUGUUCCGGCAGUCAGAACCAGUUUAAAAUCGGUCGUCGAUUCUCUGAGAGCUACACCGACUUCAAAUCGAGUUCCUCACAGUCCCAGUCUUGCAUUCAGAUCCAAUUCUCAAGGGUCAUCAACAACGUACAAUACUACAGAGUCUUCACCAUCACCGGAAAUCAAAUAUUUAGGCCGCAACGAAAGUCCAGGCGAUGGACAAACUUCCAGAUAUCAAUCUAGAAGAGGAAGACGACAAACACCCCCGACUGUUGUAAUUGAAGACAAAGAAGACACACCUCCCAAGAUUGCGUCAAGGUGUCCAAUAUUCUCGCACAAUAUACUCAACGACAUAACCAGCCCCGAACCACCUUCAAUCAUCCUACCGACUCGACAAGCAAAUAAUUUUUUGGAUUCAAUGUCAGACCUACCUGAUGUUGAUGGGGAUGAACCGCACACGAGUCAAAACAAUAUUAGAUCAACAUCAAUAAGCGACUUGAACAGACACGAAGGAGUCAAUACGUACGUACCACCACCUGCAGGUAAUAAUGAAGAUAUUACACCGGACUCUUCGCCUUUGCCGCUCCCCGCACCAACGGAAGAUGAGGCACCAAAUCCGAAGAGGAGGUCCAAGAAAACUGGCCUAUGGCCACCGUCCGAUAUGCCCAUGAAAACAAUGACCCAGUGGCACUUGGCGCAUACAUCUCAAACUGGUAAGAAGGAAGUUUGGGAUUCUUUCUUUGCCCCCGCAUAUAAGUGGGACCGUACUGCUAUGUUUAGAUACAUACGUUGGAUUAACAAGGUCUCCAAGGACCGAUGGGCUGAUUGGUAUGAGCAAUGUGAACGAGACCAGGUUGAAGCCACUUUCGAUGCUGCGCGCAAAACAUUUGCUAGCGAAUUGGAGUCCGCCAGGUGAAUUACACAAGAGUUCCGAUGUAGUACCAUCUAUUCUCGCUGCAUUUUCCCAUUUAAUUACACAAGAGUUCCGAUGUAGUACCAUCUAUUCUCGCUGCAUUUUCCCAUUUAACCAAUAACAUGUAUUCCUCAAUUUCAUUUUGAUAUAUGUGUUAUAUAUAUUUUUCACAUUUCUCUCUCAGUUAUCGAACAAUAUUUCUUAUUCCUCAUCGUCAAAUACUUUACAUUCAUGUUAUAAUAUUAAUUAGUUGUAUUAUAACUGUAUCAUAUAUAUAAUAAUCUAAUUUAGUCUUUUCCCCUGUCGUAAUGUAAGCAGACCGUAAUUGUUUGUCGUUGUUU